AUGCUCUCCUUUUUCAGAGUUCGCGACCGGUUAAGCCUGGUGCCAACGGGCAGAAAGAAUGCACCAACAAUCUACUUUGUCACACCCACAAGCUUUCGACCAGCUCAAAAGGCCGAUCUUACACGACUGUCGUACACUCUUUCACAUGUUCCAAAUCUGUACUGGAUAGUGGUCGAGGAUGCAUUGACAACUUCAGAUAGUGUGGCUAGAAUCUUGCAGAGGUCGAAAUUGCCUCAUACGCAUCUUUGCGUAAAAACUCCAACAAACAUGAAGAUGAAGCACUCUGAUCCAAGUUGGAAGUUACCACGAGGAGUUGCACAGCGCAAUGCAGCAUUAGCGUGGAUUAGGACACAGUUAUCGAGCGCAAAAACUGGAGUUGUCUAUUUUGGUGACGACGACAACACUUAUGAUCUACGUUUAUUUGACGAGAUUCGAUCUAUAAAUCGAGUCGGGAUAUGGCCUGUGGGCAUUGUUGGUGGUCUCGUGGCCGAGAAACCUUUUUUAGCUGAAAAUGGUUCUGUGGUAGGCUUCAAUGCAAUUUGGAAGCCAGAACGUCCAUUUCCCAUAGAUAUGGCUGCAUUUGCAGUAAAUCUAACCCUGAUCACUGCAAAUUCAGAAGCUUCGUUCUCCUACGAAGUAGCAAGAGGCUAUCAGGAAUCACAUUUUCUGACGGGAUUGGGUUUCAAAAGGACAGACCUGGAGCCAAAAGCAAUGCAGUGCACUCGUGUGUAUGUAUGGCAUACCAGAACGGAAAAAAGUGUCUUGUCCAAAGCAGAUUGGGAUAGAUUAGCAACGCAGGAUCGAGAAAAGUUUGAUGACGUUGAAGCGCAUGCGUUGGGGUUAUAGUC